CUUCCUCGUUUUGUAGGAAGAGGAGAAGCGUGUGGAAGAAGAGGUUUGAUUUUCAGUCAAAGAACUCUCCGAUCGAACAUCUCGACACGUUUGAUGCUGGAAAACACUAACUUGUAGUUUCUCAGGUCCAGAGGAUGGCAGAGAAGGUUCUGGUCACAGGUGGAGGGGGCUACAUCGGGAGUCACUGUGUGGUGGAGCUGAUUGAAGCAGGUUACCAGCUGGUGGUCGUAGACGACUUCAGCAACUCUGUCCGAGGAGAAGGAGAUGUCCCGGAGAGCAUACGCAGGAUCGAGAAGUUUCUGGACACGAGAAUAGAGUUUCAUGAGCUCGAUCUUCUGGACAAACCUGGACUAGAAAAACUCUUCAAAAAGCAUUCCUUCUGCGCCGUGAUGCACUUUGCUGGUCUGAAGGCUGUCGGCGAGUCGGUGGAGCAGCCGUUACGCUACUACAGGGUCAACCUGACCGCCUCCAUCAACCUGCUCGAGGUGAUGGAGGCCCACAAGGUGCACAGUCUGGUCUUCAGUAGCUCAGCCACCGUCUACGGAGACCCUCAGCAUUUACCCAUUGACGAGCACCACCCGGUGGGCAACUGCACCAACCCCUACGGCAAGACCAAGUACUUCAUCGAGGAGAUGAUCAAGGACCAUUGUAAGGCUGAGAAGGACUGGAACGCUGUGCUGCUGAGAUAUUUUAACCCAAUUGGUGCUCAUUCUUCUGGCCUCAUCGGUGAGGACCCUCAGGGAAUCCCCAAUAACCUCCUGCCGUAUGUCGCUCAGGUUGCCAUCGGGAGGAGGAGGUGCCUCAGUGUGUUUGGGAAUGACUACGACACCCUCGAUGGGACAGGUGUGAGAGAUUACAUCCAUGUUGUUGAUCUGGCAAAGGGACACAUAGCGGCGCUGAAGAAGCUGAAGGACAACUGCGGCUGCAGGGUGUACAACCUGGGCACUGGAACGGGCUACUCUGUGCUCCAGAUGGUGACGGCCAUGGAGAAGGCUUCAGGGAAGGAGAUCCCGUACAAGAUUACGUCCCGCCGGGAGGGAGACAUCGCGUCGUGCUACGCUGACCCUCGUCUGGCUGAGAAGGAGCUCGGCUGGAAGGCUGAAUUUGGCCUGGACAAGAUGUGUGAGGACUUGUGGCGUUGGCAGUCCAUGAACCCCAGCGGAUUUACCAACGGGACGACGACUUGAUGUAGCUUGUUGUUGUUAAAUCGGUGGAUAAAAA